UUUUUAUUUCGUGUUUCGACAAGAUUUCUCUUGUAUGAACUUCCUUCUUUCGUUUUGUAUUCCCUUCGGACCGCGUCCGCUCGAAAUUAUUUCAUCUGACCGCAUAAAUGCGGUUUUAUAAUUUUUAUUUCUUUUAAAAUCUAAUCCGGUGGAGCUUAUGGUUACUGUAACUCGGUUGAAGAACUUUUUUCUUUAUUGACCUGUUUUCUCAACCAUGAAUUCGGAAAUGGAUGGUCUAGCGCCGCAACCCGCUGCUCCCAAGAAAUCCCGAAAACGCGGGCUCUCGACAGAUUCUGAACCGCAAAUUGUGCCAAUCAUUCCGGGCCCGACGAAACAGAAACCAAGUGGAAGUGGUAUUCGCAAGGGUUCUCCUAAAAAGAAAGCCAAAAGUUCGCGCUCCGAGCAUAAGCACCAACCAGAGGCUUCUUCCCAUGAAAAUGUUACCCAGGCGCCUGUCCCCGAAACUCCGCCGGUCGUGCCCCUGCCGCCUCUCACCUCCGAGUUCUUAGAAAUUGAUACCGUGUACUACGAUUUAGGCUACAUUGUCCGCGACGUGAACACGGCCAUUCCGGAAAAUCUGUGGCGGACUAAAAUCUGUCGUUUCUCCUUCCUAAUCUCCCCGGAUGCGUCGUCCGCUAAAGAUAUUGAAGCUAUGAAUGAUAUGCCGUAUCUUCGUCUGCUCUGCACGGCGUCGGAGGCUCCCAGCAUGUUGCUGCUCCCGGACAAUAAUGUGGUGCGAUGUAUUAAGGGCCGUCUGCAGUUUAAUUACAGUGGCAACGCGGUGGAUGUGAUCGAAGCACUGCGACACUAUGUUCCUGCAUAUAUGGCGGAGCGUCUGGGAUGUGAUAUUGACUUGCCGCCGCUUCCUCUUAGAACUCUGAAAGGCGACUUUUUCUUAGGUGGGGGAAGGCAUCCAUGGAAGAACCGUCCGCGUAUGCUUUAUGGUUUGACCAAAUCGAAGGAGUUGUAUUUUGUGGGACAAUUCGAUGAAAGCAGCCACCAAAUGAACAUCGAUGUAUAUCUCGCCGAAGACUUUUUCAAACACGACGAGGAGUAUUCCGAAGCAGCGGAAAGUCACCACGACAUUAUACAGACCAAACGCGUGCGAUUACUCAUGGAAAUGGGCAAAGAAAUUGUUGUCAAAGACAAUCCAUUAUUAGAGAUGUUGUUUGUGGAAAAAGGCUACGUUCCAUCGCGCGAGAAUGUCCAGGCAAAGCUGCUGGGCGAUCACAUUAGCCCGCAUGAUUUGGUUAGUCUGUUCCAUCACGUUCAAGCCGUUCAUGCUGAUCAGACGAUUCUCAGCACUCCCAAACCACAGCAUUCCCGGCUAAAGUUGCAAAUGCACACUUAUCAGCAGCGGGCUGUUUCUUGGAUGAUCACAAAAGAACAGACAAUUAUGAAGAAUCUAUGUUUCCCUCAUCCACUUUAUUUUCCGAUCGAGACGUCGGAUGGUUAUCAAUUGUAUAUGCAUGCGUCCACGGGAAGGUUAAGCGAAACCCACCCGGCAGUUCCGGCAUCACUGGGUGGAAUUUUGGCCGAUGAAAUGGGUUUGGGAAAAACGCUGGAAACGAUUUCCUUGAUAUUGGCGAAUCCCUCACCGCUUUCCAAACCAAAGAAUCCACAGAGCGCAGAGGUUGACGAACCAGCACUGCCUGGUGAAUGGGACUGCAAAUGUAUCGACAGAGGCGUGCCGUUAGAGUCAAUGACGGCACAGAAGAUCCCUAGAAUUUCCUGCAAUCUUUGCGGUGUUACUCGUCAUAAGACCUGCUUUGAAGAUCCAUAUCGCCCAAAGAAUGUUAAAUAUUUGUGCGGGAAAUGCCAACGAAAUCAUCGUAUUUUGUGUAAAACCACACUCGUUGUGGCGCCGGCAGCGAUUAUACCGCAGUGGCAGAACGAAAUUGAAAAGUCUGCACGAGGCCUUACAGUGUUCCAGUACCAGGGAGUUGCGGUCACUCCUGAACUUUCUCCGUGGGAAAUGGCUUCGUACGACAUUGUGCUAGCCAGUUAUGAGAUACUCUCAAGUGAAAUCCUGUAUUUCCACGCCGAAGUACGGAAGGAAUCGUUACGCAAAGGAAUUCGGCGCCGUAUAGUCCGCAGUCCAUUAUUAGCCAUCCGCUUUUGGCGAUUCGUCCUGGAUGAAGCGCAGAUGGUGGAAAGCCAGACGUCGAACUACGCGGAAAUGGCCAUGAAAAUUCACGCGCAAUUUUACUGGGCUGUUACCGGGACGCCGAUCCAGCGCGGUGUGGCGGAUCUGCAAGCUCUUUUCAGUUUUAUUGAAUUCGCUCCCUGGUCCAUCUGGAAAUGCUUCAGUGAGUAUGUCGCCGGGCCGUUUAAAGCCGAUAUCCGGGAACCCCUACAGGAUCUCCUGGGCGAGUGUAUGUGGCGGUUGGAGAAAAGCAGCGUGGAGAAUGAAAUGGAUCUGCCGCCGUGCACUGUGCAGUUGCAUAAGCUGACCUUCUCCGGUAUUGAAAUGCAGUUGUACCAGCAAGUCUACCGGGACUGCAUUAAAAUGGUGACGACGAAGCUGCGUCAAGGACGUUACCGGAAUAAAGAUAUCUAUGACAAGAAAGUCAGUGAAUUGGACUGGGAUCUGGUGAAGACGCUGCGCACGUGGAUGGGACACUUGGAGAAAUUGUGCACAUCACCAACCAGAGUGAAGUACUUCUUCCGAGAAACUAAAAAGAAAAAGGACGAAGAAAAAAAUCCAGAGGAUGAGAACGAUUCAUUGAAACGGAUGGUUAAAACGCUGCUUGAGAAAGCGAAAUUGGAGUUUACGACGACGUUACGUACUUGUAUUUUGGCUUGCGAUGGUGCUGCUGGGAUUUAUUGGUUGAUGGAGAAGUACCCCGAAGCUGCAGAAAUGUAUCGCGAAGCGAAACGUUUGUGGACAGAUAAUGAGCAGUUCGUGAAAGUGGAUAUUGGACAAAAAAUGCAUAUCUUGAGUAAUUUGGGUGAACUGCUGGCGCAACAUCGGGAUGCGAUCCCACCUACCCUCGAAGACGAUCAACUUCUUGAUCAAGCCGACGCUUUGAAAGUUGAUUUUCUUGGGAAGAAUAAGCUGCGCAGAGAGAACGCUACCAAGGAAGUGCAUGAUGCUUGGUUCGUGUCCAGUCCCGCCGGGGAUGGGCAGAAAAUUGAAGUGCGUCACGAUACGAAAACUCUGCAAAAGGCUAUCCUUCCGGUAUAUUCGGCAUUGCGGUGUGUUGCGAAUUGCCAGCAAGAUGCGGUGGAGUUGGUGCAGGAGUGUAAACUAGCUGCCCUGGGAGGUCUUUCUGCGGAUGCGAAACACACCCGACUAGGCCGCAGCCGAGCCAUGGAUUCUGCGUAUCAGACGCUGGAUGGUCUGAAAUUUGUCCUGCAAGGACGCUGGUCCAUCAUCCUGGAAGAGCGUGAGAAGAUUAUGGAACUGGUCAAGGAAGUGAUGGAGUACAGUAUGAAGGAAGACGAAAGCUUUAUAAUCGAAUGCGCGGCUUGUCACCUGACGAACAGUAUAUCGAUUAAUAAACGAUGCCGUCUCUGUGUACUGGAAAAGGCUUUUACUGGAUACGAAGAUCUCAUUUUCCGAACUGUGAUCGAAUUAAUUGACGAUGAUGAUGACGCCGAGCUGACCGAUCGACAACGCAAACAGAAAAUGGAUAAGAAGAAUUUGGAAGGUGAAGGGCGCGUAUCGAACCGAGCGGACAGUGAUUUUGAGAAAGUCUGCAAAACAAUCUCCACGUAUCUGCGUCAGAAGCGCUACUUGAAUGGUGACAAGAAAAGGAAAUAUAUCAAAGAUUAUACUGAGUGCGAAGCGGAAUGGAAGCAUUUCCAGCUGGUUUUGGAUCUGCUGAAAAAGGAGCAAAUUUGCUGUUCGAGUCUAUACCAGACGCUGUGGACCGAAGUUAGCACCUGUGAUGAACUGCGCCAAAGUCUAAUGCGACUGCGUUUUGCCACGGAAGAUGAGAUGGCUGUGUGCUCCAGCCUGACGAAACCCAAGCAGAAAGAAUUCAUGGAAUUUCGCUCUAUUCUGAAUCCAUCCGAUAAGAAUCUGCAGCGUCAUCUGGGAUCAUUCCAAGCGAUGUCCAAAGAAUAUUCGCGGCGUCUCGGUGGUGAUAUUUCCCGAUUCAAAUACAUUCAGAAUAUGCACGAUGGCUACGUUAACGAAGGUCAGGUGCAGCAGCGCGAAUGCUGUGUGUGUUAUGAUGCGGUGGGAAAAGACUGGGCUUUGUUUCCGUGCGCUCACAUUAUCUGCCGGACCUGCCUCAAAAUGAUGGAAAAAGAAGCCGCUAACCAGCAUAUGAGUCGGACGCAGUGUCCGCUCUGCCGGAAACUCGCCACGAAACAUGAAAUUGUCCAGGCCAACGGUGUACAGCGUCAACUUUCGCCAGUAAAAACGCAGUAUUUCGAUACAUUAUGUUUGAAAGGCGCGCCGCAGAAAAUGGAAGCGGUAGUGCGCGAAAUUUUCCGCCUUAACGGUGUCGAUCCGGAUGCGAAAAUUCUAAUUUUUUCUGAUUAUACGGAGAGUCUUGAAGAUUACACGAAGAUUCUCGUUCGCAACGGUCUGACGGCUAUAUAUGUCAAAGCCAAAGCUGGCAUUCCUGUUGCUAUAGAGAAGCUGCGAAGUGGGCGAGUAAAGAUUCUUCUCAUGCCGAUUUCCAUGGGCGGCAAGGGUCUGACCAUUAUUGAAGCGACGCAUUUGUUCUUCCUGGAGCCAAUUAUGAAUAAAGCAGCGGAAUUGCAGGCUAUUGGGCGCAUCCAUCGUAUGGGGCAGACAAAACCGACUUUCGUUCACAAGUUCAUCGUGGAGCAGACGAUCGAAGAGCAGAUCCAUCAGAUGAUAUCGACCAUGGGCGAAGAGGGCAAUCUGCUGCAGCAGGAUUUGACGCUGCGCCAGACCUUGGAUCUCUUGAAAAGCGCCGGUUUCCAUGGACCGGAUGCGGCGGAUGGUGAUAUCUGGAAUAUUGAGGCGGGGACGGUGGAAAACGAGGGGGUGAUAUAUAUUGAAGAGGACGACGAUAUGGACAAUCAGCCCAGCACUUCGGGGAUGUGAUCUUGUUCCGGAUAUACUUGGAGUCUGUUGGAGAGCUGAAUCUCUACCAAUUUUUUUACCUUAUACACCGUCUUUUUUGAGCUUUCCAAUAGUUAUGUGAGCAGUUUUUGUCGCAUACUGGCUCGUUUAAUUGUUUAUAAAAAAUCGUUGGCAAAACGUACAGGCGUUGUUUUGGUGGGGUUAUGAUGAUUCAUGGGAGAUUAGGAGUUGUAUAAGUCUGAUAUUUUGUAGUUUCUUUCGAAAUGAUGCUCUUUUCUCUUCAGAGACCAGAAAUGACAUAAAAGUUUUCGCAUACGACGAACGUGAUUAAAAACAGCAGUUUCCUUGAAA